CAAUGGUAGUGCCAGCCCCAGCCUCUCCCCACCGAGAGCGGAUUGCAGAAAGCCUCUGAGGGUGUUUUGAGGAGUAAAAUCCUAGCGAGAGGAUAAACAUUUGCAGCUCACCAGGAUGGCAGGAGCCUCAGUAAAGGUGGCAGUGAGGGUGCGUCCUUUCAAUUCCCGAGAAAUGAGCAAGGAUUCCAAAUGCAUCAUACAAAUGACAGGAAACACCACAACUAUCGUUAAUCCAAAGCAGCCCAAAGAGACACCCAAAAGUUUCAGCUUUGACUAUUCCUACUGGUCUCACACAACUCCUGAAGACAUCAACUAUGCUUCUCAAAAGCAAGUGUAUCUGGACAUUGGAGAGGAGAUGUUGCAGCAUGCUUUUGAAGGUUAUAAUGUCUGCAUCUUUGCCUAUGGCCAGACUGGGGCUGGAAAGUCAUAUACAAUGAUGGGUAAACAAGAGAAGGAUCAACAAGGCAUAAUUCCUCAGCUGUGUGAGGAUCUCUUCUCCCGAAUCAAUGAUACAACAAAUGACAAUAUGUCCUACUCAGUGGAGGUGAGUUACAUGGAAAUAUACUGUGAACGUGUGCGUGACCUCCUCAAUCCCAAGAAUAAAGGAAACCUGAGGGUCAGGGAGCAUCCACUGCUUGGACCAUACGUUGAAGAUCUCUCAAAACUAGCAGUCACUUCGUAUAAUGACAUUCAGGAUUUAAUGGACUCUGGGAACAAAGCAAGGACAGUGGCAGCCACUAAUAUGAAUGAAACCAGCAGUCGCUCACAUGCUGUUUUCAACAUUAUCUUCACCCAGAAGAGACAUGAUGCAGAGACAGACAUCACCACUGAGAAGGUCAGCAAAAUCAGCUUGGUGGAUCUUGCAGGAAGUGAACGGGCUGACUCCACAGGAGCAAAAGGCACCAGACUUAAGGAAGGAGCAAACAUCAAUAAAUCACUAACCACCUUGGGAAAGGUGAUCUCUGCUUUAGCUGAGAUGGAUUCAGGACCAAAUAAGAAUAAGAAGAAAAAAAAGACAGACUUUAUUCCAUAUCGAGACUCAGUACUUACUUGGCUCCUCCGAGAAAAUCUAGGUGGUAACUCCCGGACUGCUAUGGUUGCUGCUCUCAGCCCUGCUGAUAUCAACUAUGAUGAGACCCUCAGCACCUUAAGAUAUGCAGACCGUGCUAAGCAAAUCAGGUGCAAUGCUGUCAUUAAUGAGGAUCCCAACAACAAGCUGAUCAGGGAACUUAAGGAUGAAGUGGCUCGCCUGAGAGACCUGCUGUAUGCCCAAGGCCUGGGAGAUAUCAUAGAUACUAAUCCUGUUCCAGGAGGACCUAAAUUGACCAAUGCCUUGGUAGGAAUGAGCCCAUCCUCCUCACUCUCAGCUUUGUCCAGUCGAGCUGCUUCAGUCUCUAGUCUCCAUGAGCGUAUCAUGUUUGCUCCAGGUAGUGAAGAAGCCAUUGAGAGACUCAAGGAAACGGAGAAGAUAAUUGCUGAACUGAAUGAAACAUGGGAAGAAAAACUGCGUAGAACAGAAGCAAUUCGUAUGGAGAGAGAAGCUUUGCUGGCAGAAAUGGGAGUGGCUAUGAGAGAAGAUGGUGGUACCUUGGGGGUAUUUUCUCCUAAAAAGACUCCACAUCUGGUCAACCUAAAUGAAGACCCACUGAUGUCUGAGUGCCUCCUCUAUUACAUUAAAGAUGGAAUCACCAGGGUUGGUCGAGAAGAUGGUGAGAGGAGGCAGGAUAUUGUACUCAGUGGCCAUUUCAUCAAAGAAGAGCAUUGUGUAUUCCGAAGUGACAAUAAAUCUGGCAGUGAAGCUAUUGUGACCCUGGAACCUUGUGAGGGUGCAGAUACCUAUGUUAAUGGAAAAAAAGUAACAGAACCCAGCAUCUUAAGAUCAGGAAAUCGCAUCAUCAUGGGGAAAAGCCAUGUAUUUCGAUUUAACCAUCCAGAGCAGGCACGGCAAGAGCGGGAACGAACUCCUUGUGCAGAGACUCCUGCUGAGCCAGUGGAUUGGGCUUUUGCCCAGAGAGAACUGCUAGAGAAACAAGGCAUUGAUAUGAAGCAGGAAAUGGAACAGAGGCUUCAGGAACUGGAAGAUCAAUACCGAAAGGAAAGAGAAGAGGCUAAUUACCUUCUGGAACAACAAAGACUUGAUUAUGAGAGUAAAUUAGAGGCUUUACAGAAGCAAAUGGAUUCAAGAUACUAUGCUGAAGCUAAUGAGGAAGAGGAGGAACCUGAGGAUGAAGUUCAAUGGACAGAGCGGGAGUUUGAACUAGCACUCUGGGCCUUUAGGAAGUGGAAAUGGUAUCAAUUUACAUCUCUUCGAGAUCUACUGUGGGGCAAUGCCAUUUUCUUGAAAGAGGCCAAUGCGAUCAGUGUGGAACUGAAGAAAAAGGUUCAGUUUCAGUUUGUACUCCUCACAGACACCCUAUACUCACCUCUGCCUCCAGACCUGCUUCCUCCAGAUGCUGCCAAAGACCGUGAGAAACGUCCUUUCCCAAAGACCAUUGUGGCAGUAGAGGUGCAGGACCAGAAGAAUGGAGCAACCCAUUACUGGACUCUGGAGAAGCUAAGACAGAGGUUGGACCUGAUGCGGGAGAUGUAUGAUCGGGCGGCUGAAGUGCCCUCUAGUGUUAUAGAAGACUGUGAUAAUGUGGUGACAGGCGGAGACCCCUUUUAUGAUCGCUUUCCUUGGUUCAGGCUGGUUGGCAGUUCAGAUAUCUCUGGCUGCAACAGCUCUCCUAUUUUCAACACAUGCAUGAGCGAGCGCAUGGCUGAUCUCACCCCCUCCCCCACCUUCUCGAACCCUGACUCCGACAUCACCGAGCCUGCUGACGAGCAGCACGUGGGGAAGGAGGAGGAGGAGGAGGACCUGGAGGAAGACAUCUUUCCGGAGUACCCGCUGUAUGAUGGCCAGGAUCCAUUUUACGACCGCUCCCCCCUGUUCAGUUUAGUAGGAAGAGCAUUUGUGUAUCUCAGCAACUUGCUAUAUCCUGUACCUCUGGUCCAUCGUGUUGCCAUUGUCAGCGAGAAGGGGGAAGUUAAAGGAUUCCUACGUGUAGCAGUUCAGGCCAUUUCAGCUGAUGAAGAAGCACCAGAUUAUGGCUCAGGAGUGCGGCAGUCAGGAACAGCCAAAAUUUCCUUUGAUGAUCAGCACUUUGAGAAGUUCCAGUCUGAGUCCUGUCCUGCAGUGGGAAUGUCUCGCUCUGGAACUUCACAGGAGGAGCUGCGCAUAGUAGAAGGACAGGGACAAAUUACUGACAUAGGGCCAUCAGCAGAUGAAGUCAACAACAACACUUGUGCAGCCACUCCAGAAGAUCUUCUCCUGGAUAGUUCAGAGAAAUCCACAGUUGAUGGACCUUUUGAGGCAGCUCUGGAGCAUUUGAAAUUGGGCAGCAUUUUCACGUUCAGAGUAACUGUUCUGCAGGCCUCCAGCAUCUCAGCAGAAUAUGCGGACAUCUUCUGCCAGUUUAACUUUAUCCACCGCCAUGAUGAAGCCUUCUCUACAGAGCCCUUGAAGAACACUGGACGAGGCCCACCUCUUGGCUUUUAUCAUGUUCAGAAUAUUGCAGUCGAGGUCACCAAAUCCUUUAUUGAGUACAUUAAGAGCCAGCCCAUUGUCUUUGAGGUGUUUGGCCAUUAUCAGCAGUAUCCUUUCCCCCCUCUCUGCAAAGAUGUACUCAGCCCCCUAAGACCAUCCCGCCGCCAUUUUCCUCGGGUCAUGCCAUUAUCAAAACCAGUGCCUGCAACAAAACUGAGUGCCAUGACAAGGCCCAGCAUUGGUCCAUGUCAAUGCAAGUACGAUCUGAUGGUCUUUUUUGAGAUCUGUGAGCUGGAAGCCAAUGGCGACUAUAUCCCAGCCGUUGUGGAUCAUCGUGGAGGAAUGCCUUGCCAUGGGACAUUCCUAUUACAUCAGGGUAUCCAGAGGAGGAUUACGGUCACCUUGGUGCAUGAGACAGGGAGCCACAUCCGCUGGAAGGAAGUGAGGGAGCUGGUUGUGGGUCGAAUCCGGAACACUCCCGAAGGAGAUGAGUCCCUCAUUGACCCCAACAUCCUUUCUUUGAACAUCCUUUCAUCAGGAUACACCAGGCCCUCUCAGGAUGAUCGGACAUUUUACCAGUUUGAAGCAGCGUGGGAUAGCUCCAUGCAUAACUCUUUACUCCUGAAUCGUGUCACCCCUUACAGAGAAAAAAUCUACAUGACCCUCUCUGCUUAUAUUGAGAUGGAGAACUGCACCCAACCAGCUGUGGUCACCAAAGAUUUUUGCAUGGUCUUUUACUCUAGAGAUGCCAAACUCCCUGCUUCUCGAUCAAUCCGCAAUCUUUUUGGAAGUGGAAGCCUUCGAGCCUCAGAAAGUAACCGUGUGACUGGGGUCUAUGAGCUCAGCCUUUGCCGAGUUGCUGAUGCUGGUAGUCCAGGUAUGCAAAGGAGACGAAGGCGUGUGCUGGACACCUCUGUGGCCUAUGUACGAGGAGAAGAGAAUUUGGCUGGGUGGCGACCCCGUAGUGAUAGUCUCAUCUUGGAUCAUCAGUGGGAACUGGAAAAACUGAGUCUUCUACAAGAAGUUGAGAAAACAAGACAUUAUCUGCUCCUGCGUGAGAAGCUAGAGACAACUCAGCGCUUAGGUCUAGAUUCCCUGUCCUCAAGCUCCAGUGAAGACUCUGAUUCCCGCAGCACAUCUUGUGUCUCUUCUCCGGUCUCUGCGGAUGGUACCCCAGAAGGGAGGCCUUUACCUCUUGAUAUUCCUAGUGAGAGGCAGAAAGAACUCGCAGUCAAGUGUUUGCGCCUUCUUACCCACACUUUCAACAGAGAGUACAGCCAUAGCCAUGUGUGUGUCAGUGCAAGUGAAAGCAAGCUGUCUGAAAUGUCAGUGACUCUGCUGAGAGACCCUUCCAUGUCAGCCCUUGGUAGUGCUACUUUGACCCCCUCCUCAACCUGUCCAUCCUUGAUUGAAGGCCAUUAUAGUACUACAGAAGCCAGAACUCUCCAGCUCCCCUCCAGGGUGGAAAGUCCUGAAAUUGAGCUCACAAUUGAAGGAGAGAAAAAGAAAUCUCCUGCUUGUGGACCCGAGGAUGAUAAGGAGAUCCAGCGCCUAUUGGUUCCUGAUAUUCAAGAGAUUCGUGUCAGCCCCAUUGUCUCCAGAAAAGGCUACCUACACUUUCUGGAACCCCAUACAAAUGGGUGGGUGAAGCGCUAUGUGGUUGUGAGACGCCCCUACGUAUACAUCUACAACAGCGACAAAGAUUCUGUGGAGAGAGCAGUCCUCAAUCUUUCAUCAGCUCAGGUGGAAUAUAGUGAAGACCAGCAGGCAAUGCUAAAAACACCUAACACUUUUGCAGUGUGCACUGAACAUCGUGGAAUUCUGCUGCAAGCAAGCAAUGAUAAGGACAUGCAUGAUUGGCUCUAUGCAUUUAACCCUCUCCUGGCUGGAUCAAUAAGAUCCAAACUGUCUAGACGAACAACAGCCCAGACAAGAAUUUAACUUAAAAGAGCUGCCCACCUCAAAAAACAGAAAAGUGAAAUAAUGGGUGCUGUUGGAAGAUCCCCAUCUUAAAUUUGGAUUUUUCCUGCCAUUCAUCUCCCCAGAUGCCUGUGCCACAGAGUGAUCCAUCAUGAGUUACAGCUUCAUUGGGCAAACUCAUUUCCUUUGUGUAAUUUUAAAAGGGUGGUAUUCCCUGGAAUUGU